AUGCUGCGCAGAUUAUCGGCCUCGGUCCCGAAGAGGACGGCGACAAGAUUGUCCACCCAUGCCCGCGCCCCAGCCCGUUCGGCCUCAUCACGACUCUGGUCCUCGACCGCGACCACCAUGGCCCCACUACGACCUGUCCACCCGCCUGUCACCAGCUCGCUCCCGUCAGACUCCUUCCACAUCCUGCCAGAGCAGGACAAGGCUGGCCCGCCCGAAGAUGCCCUCUACCAACAGCAGAUCAGAGAUGUCGAGGAGUGGUGGUCCACCUCAAGGUAUGCCGGCAUCAAGCGGCCAUAUACCGCCGCAGAUGUCGUGUCAAAACGGGGCUCGCUGCAGCAGAGCUAUCCUAGCUCCCUCAUGGCCAGGAAGCUGUGGAACUUGGUCCAGCAAAGGCUGAGCGCCGGCGAGCCCAUCCACACCAUGGGCGUCAUUGAUCCCGUCCAGAUGACCCAACAAGCCCCUCACCAAGAGGUGCUCUAUCUCUCCGGUUGGGCAUGCUCCUCCACGCUGUCCUCCACGAACGAGGUCUCCCCAGACUUUGGCGACUACCCCUACAAUACUGUACCGAACCAAGUCCAGCGCAUGUUCAAGGCCCAGUCCAUGCACGACCGCAAACAGUGGGACCUUCGGAGAAAACUCAGCCCCUCGGAGCGGGCCGAGGCACCGUAUGUCGACUACUUCAGGCCCAUCGUUGCUGAUGGUGACACGGGUCACGGGGGCCUGACGGCCGUGUUGAAGCUGGCCAAGCUGUUCGCCGAGAAUGGCGCGGCGGCUGUGCACUUUGAGGACCAGCUCCACGGCGGCAAGAAGUGUGGCCAUCUCGCGGGCAAGGUCCUCGUCCCCAUCGGCGAGCACAUCAACCGCCUUGUCGCCGCGCGCUUUCAGUGGGAUGUUAUGGGGUCCGAGAAUCUCGUCAUCGCUCGCACGGAUUCUGAGAGUGGUAAGCUGCUGAGCAGCUCCAUUGAUGCCCGCGACCACGAGUUCAUCCUGGGCGUGGCCGACCCCAGCCUCAAGUCUUUGGCAGAAACACUGCAGGAGAUGGAAGCGGCUGGUGCCUCGGGGCCGGAGGUCGACGCCUUCGAGGCCGAGUGGGUCAAGACCACCAAGCUGGUCACUUUCGACGAUGCCGCUGUGGCACACCUCAAGGCAGAGGGGGGCGAUGUCGGAAAGUAUGAGAGCACGGUCAGGAAGCACCGAGACAUGGGGCUGACAGCCCGGCGUGCGCUUGCUGCGAGCCUCACCCGGGGGGGUAAGCAAGUCUUUUUUGACUGGGACAUACCUCGCACGCGUGAGGGCUUUUAUCACUACAAAGCUGGUAUGGAAGCCGCGACAAAGAGGUCAGUUGCCUUCGGGCCCUACGCAGAUCUGCUCUGGGUGGAGACGGGCGACCCUAACGUCGAAAUCUGCACCAAACUCGGGCGUGCUGUCAGAGCCGUGUACCCUGGCAAAGGCCUGGUGUACAACCUGAGCCCCUCCUUCAACUGGAUGGCGCAUGGAUUCACCGAGGACAAGCUCAGGUCUUUCAUCUGGGACAUCGCUAAAGAGGGCUUCGUCCUACAACUGAUCUCCCUUGCGGGAUUGCACAGCACGGCAACAAUCACUAAUGAGUUGGCCAAGGAAUUCAAACAUGAUGGCAUGCUGGCGUACGUGAAUCUGGUGCAGAGGCGGGAGAAGGACCUCGGUGUCGAUGUGUUGACGCACCAGAAGUGGAGCGGCGCUAGCUAUAUGGAUGGUAUUGUUGGCGCCAUCCAGAGCGGGAGCUCAGGGAGCAAGAGCAUGGGUGAGGGUAACACCGAAGGCCAGUUUUGA